AUGUCUCCCACGCACAGCCACUUUAAACUUCUUCAAAAGUUCAAGCCGGAUUACUCCCCCAGCGAGUUCGUCCAAUAUGAAUCAGAAAGAACCGGUAUGAGGGUGGUGGUUAUCGACCAAAAAGGUCCCAAGGUGUCUGGAUACUUUGUGCUUGCUACGGAGAUUCUCGACGACUCUGGCGCACCCCAUACAUUGGAGCACCUGUGUUUCAUGGGCUCGCGCAACUACAGAUACAAGGGAUUCCUGGACAAACUGGCCACUCGAGUGUACUCGAACACCAACGCCUGGACAGCCACCGAUCAUACAGCCUACACAUUGGACACAGCUGGAUGGGAGGGAUUCGCGCGGAUUCUGCCCGUGUAUCUGGAACAUGUGAUUGCGCCGACAUUGACGGACGAAGGCUGCUACACAGAAGUGCACCAUAUCGAUGCCACUGGCAACGAUGCUGGUGUUGUGUACUCGGAGAUGCAGGGUGUGCAAAACAACUCGGCUGAGUUGAUGGACCUCACCGCGCGCCGGUUGAUAUAUCCUUCUGACGUAGGAUUCCGGUACGAGACUGGAGGAAUGAUGGAGCAGCUGCGCGUUCUUACGGCGGAGAGAAUCAGGGAGUUCCAUCGUGAGAUGUACCAGCCACGGAAUUUGUGCCUGAUCAUCACGGGAGAGGUGGACCAUGAGAACAUGUUGGAGACGCUGGAUCAGUUCGAAGACACGAUCCUCGAUGUUAUCCCAAGCCCCGAUUCGCCGUUCAAGCGUCCUUGGACAGACUCCAAGCAGGCACCUGCGCUGGAGAAGUCAGUUACCAAGACAGUGGAAUUCCCAGAAGAAGAUGAGUCUUUUGGUGAGAUUGAGAUCAGAUUCUUGGGACCGGAUACCACCGAUCCGAUUCAGAGCGGCGCCCUUAAUGUUGCGCUCCUGUACCUCGCCGGAUCGUCUGCCUCUAUCCUGGAGAAUGUCCUCGUCGAAAAAGAGCAAGUGGCCAGUGCGGUCUACUACUCGACAGAGGAACGCCCGAACAUCGAAAUCCAGUUCCAGCUGACCAGUGUGGAAACAGACAAGCUCGAGCACGUUGAGCGGAGAUUCUUCGAGGUUCUGAAGGAUGCGAUGGAAAAGCCAAUCGACAUGAAGUACCUGCAAGAGUGCAUUGACCGGCAGCAGAAGAUCUGGAAGUUCUCCACGGAAAGCUCUGCUUCUGCACUCGCAGAGUAUGUCAUCUCCGACUUCCUGUACGGCAAGCGUGACGGCUCGACGUUACUGGACGUUGCAAGUAUGCGGGAGUAUGAGGAGUUGGAGAAAUGGCCUGAGCACCAGUGGCGGGACUUUAUCAAGAAAUGGAUCUCUGAUGCUCCUCACAUUACCGUUCUCGGUGUUCCUUCAAUGAAGAUGUCUGACACCCUCAAGAAGGAGGAAGAGGCUCGAACUGCGAAGCAGAAGAAGCAGCUUGGCGAGAAGGGCUUGAAGGAACUGGCCGACAAGCUUGAGAAGGCCAAGGCGGAGAACGACAAGGAGAUUCCGAAGGAGAUGCUGGAAAAGUUUGAUAUCCCUGGGGUCGAGUCGAUCCACUUUGUCGAGACUACGACUGCGCGGUCCGGUUCUGCCCUCAAGGCCGGUCGUCCUAACCAUAAGGUCCAGAAGGUCGUGGACGCCGAUGGCUCGGAUAUGCCCUUGUUCAUUCACUUUGAGCACAUCCCCAGCAACUUCGUCCAGAUGUCCCUCCUUAUCUCAGCCCAGUCGGUGCCUGUUCAACUUCGUCCCCUUCUGUCCGUCUACACGGAAGCGUUUUUCAACAUUCCGAUCCAGCGCGACGGAAAGACGAUCAACUUUGAGCAGGUCGUUGUUGAACUAGAGAGAGAUACAGUUGGCUACAGCAUGGAGGGCGCCAGGUCAUUCGGUAACUCGGAAAUGCUGCGCAUCUCCUUCCAGGUCGAGAUGGAGAAGUACAGCACAGCCAUCGCCUGGCUGCAGGAACUGUCGUGGAACACCAUCUUCGAUGUGGAAAGACUUCGCGCAAUCACCAGUCGCCUGCUCGCCGACGUCCCCGAUGCCAAACGCAGCGGUGACGACAUGCUAGCAGCCGUGCAUGUGAUGGUUCACUACGCACCAGAAUCCAUCGUCCGCGCUCGCAGCACACUCGUCAAGGCCCGCUACCUCCGCCGCAUCAAGAAGCAACUCACCGAGCAACCAGAGGCCGUCGUCGCACGCAUGGAGGAAAUCCGCAACGCCCUCUUCCAAUUCUCAAACAUCCGCGUCCUCGUCAUCGCCGACCUCGAGAAACUCCCCAAACCAGUCUCCUCAUGGAAACCCUUCGCGGAGCGCCUCGGCACCCCCGCUCCCCUCAAACCUAUCACAGCCCGCCGCCCGCUAAUGAGCGAGGUUGGCCAGAACCUCGGCGGCAAGUCUUACGUCGUGCCUAUGCCAACAAUCGACUCAUCCUUCGCCUACGCCAGCGCACGAGGUCUGGAUUCCUACGAUGACCCGCGCCUCCCGCCCCUUCUCGUCGCCAUCGCCUAUAUGAACGCCGUCGAGGGACCGCUGUGGGUUGCCGUCCGCGGCAAGGGCCUUGCUUACGGUACCAACUUUGCCUAUAACAUCGACACAGGGUUCGUCAACUUUGACGUGUACCGCUCGCCAAAUGCGCACAAGGCGUUUGAGUCCAGCAAGCAGAUCGUCGAGGAUCAUCUGUCCGGUGCCAUUCCAUUCGACCCGCUCAUGCUUGAGGGCGCGAUCAGCAGUAUCGUGGUUAGCUUUGCGAACGAGCAGGCUACUAUCGCGAACGCGGCGCAGGGCAGCUUUACCCAACAAGUGAUGCGGGAGUUGCCUAGCGACUACAAGGAACGCGUAUUGAGACAGGUUAGGGCGACUAGCGUGGAGGAUGUCAAGAAGGCGUUGAGUGGGAUUAUUCUGCCGCUGUUUGAGCCCAGCACGGCGAACAUUGUGAUUACUUGUGCCACUGUUAUGGAGGAGAGCAUCCAAAAAGGCAUGCAAGCAUCCGGCUUCACGCCUGAGGUGCGGCCGCUCAAGGACUUCGAGGAUGAUUACGGAUUGAAGCCUGAGGGCGAAGAGGAGGAGUCCGAAGAUGAUGAGGAUUACGAGACAGGGUCUGAAGAGGGUAGCGAAGAGGAGAGUGAAGAAGAGUAA